GGUUGAAACCGUUUUAUCAUUACUGUGUGGAGCAAUGUGGAGUCAGCGUAUCAACUUUACAGAGAUAGAGCUGCAGAUUCAGCAGGAGUGGCGGAGAAAGUUUCUUACAUUGUUUUAAGGGAGAGGAGGGCCGAGCGUAAAAGGAGGCAGAUGUUUGGGAAUUCUGAUGAUGAAAUAUGUGGAUGAGUCUCGAAAAAGGGGUCAUGAAUACCUGAACGCAAGACUGGAGGAUAGUUUGUGACUCGCCUUGUACGAGUGAUCGGUCACGUCUGGAGGAAUAUCACAUUGUUGCACAAGUUUCGCGGAACACCUCAAUCCCAACGACAAUCAUGGCGGUACGCAACAUGUUCAUCACAACACUUCUGCUUGGACUGUGUUCAGCCCAGUAUCAGGGAGAGAAGGGUAUUUCCACCCCAGAUCACGGGUUCUGCCAGCCCAUAUCUAUCCCCCUGUGCACAGACAUUCAGUAUAACCAAACUAUCAUGCCAAACCUCCUGGGACACACCAACCAGGAGGAUGCAGGACUGGAGGUGCACCAGUUCUACCCCCUGGUCAAAGUUCAAUGUUCUCAAGAUUUGAAGUUUUUCCUCUGUUCCAUGUACGCGCCAGUGUGUACAGUUCUAGAACAGGCAAUUCCACCCUGUCGUUCCUUGUGUGAGCGUGCAAGACAAGGAUGCGAGGCCCUCAUGAACAAGUUCGGCUUCCAGUGGCCCGAACGACUCCGUUGUGAGAACUUUCCCGUGCAUGGAGCCGGAGAGAUCUGUGUGGGACAGAACAAAUCAGACCCCGACAUCCCGACGACAGACCCCACGCCACAUAUACCAGACCCUUUCACUCCACGCCUGCAUUUUCCACGCCAAAGUCAGGCUUUCUCUUGCCCACUUCAACUCACAGUCCCUACCUACCUCAAUUACCAGUUUUUGGGGGCGAAAAACUGUGGCGCCCCUUGCGAGCACAAACAACCCUAUGGGCUGAUGUACUUCAAGGAGGAAGAGGUCCGAUUCGGUCGGCUCUGGGUGGGAAUCUGGUCUAUCCUGUGCUGUGUGAGUACCCUGUUCACGGUCCUCACUUACCUUGUGGAUAUGCGCCGGUUCCGUUACCCGGAACGCCCCAUCAUCUUCCUCUCUGGGUGUUACUUUAUGGUGGCAGUGGCUUAUGCAGCCGGGUUUUUGCUGGAGGACAAGGUGGUCUGCAUUGACAAGUUCAAGGAUGAUGCUUAUAGGACUGUGGCACAAGGAACUAAAAAGGAGGGCUGCACCAUUCUCUUCAUGAUCCUGUAUUUCUUUGGCAUGGCCAGUUCAAUCUGGUGGGUGAUCCUGUCUCUCACCUGGUUCCUUUCUGCUGGAAUGAAAUGGGGCCACGAAGCUAUCGAAGCCAACUCUCAAUAUUUCCACCUGGCAGCAUGGGCCGUCCCCGCUGUGAAGACCAUCACUAUCCUCGCCUUGGGACAAGUGGAUGGUGACCUGCUGACCGGCGUAUGUUACGUGGGCAUCUACAACAUUGACGCCCUACGUGGAUUCGUCCUCGCCCCGCUCUUCGUUUACCUCUUCAUCGGAACGUCUUUCCUUCUAGCUGGAUUUGUCUCGCUGUUCCGCAUCCGUACCAUCAUGAAGCACGACGGCACCAAGACAGAAAAACUGGAGAAGUUGAUGGUGCGCAUUGGCGUUUUCAGCGUCCUCUACACCGUUCCGGCUACCAUCGUCAUUGCAUGUUACUUCUACGAACAGGCGUUCCGUGAGCAGUGGGAAAAAACCUGGCACAUGCAGACAUGCAAGCGCUUUGCCGUGCCGUGCCCGGCCAACAACUUUGCGCCCAUGACGCCUGAUUUCACUGUGUUCAUGAUCAAGUACCUCAUGACUAUGAUUGUAGGAAUCACAUCAGGAUUCUGGAUAUGGUCUGGAAAAACUCUACAGUCGUGGCGAAGGUUUUACAAAAGGCUGGGCAACAACCAAGGGGAGACAACAGUGUGAACUGAACUUUGUGGACUGCAUGUGAGAAAUACAGGUCAAUAUUGAAAGGAAACGUGAACUGCGAUCAGGUCACACAACAUAGUACGUUGAACCAUGCUGAUGGUAAAAGACACUGUUGUGUGAGCCCAGCAUGAUUCUUUUCUCAUUUAAAGCGAUGUAAUGUAUAAAGUGCCCAGACUUUGCCAACACUUUUGAAAGCACAACUCCAAAGAACAUGCAUUUCUCCAAUGGACUAAAUUUCAAAAUGUUUUUACAACCUUGAGCCUUGGAAAUCCUACUAAUGAUUUUUUAUGGAAAAGUUGGCAUAACUCUUCUCUUUUAUACUGAUGUGGGAACUUUAAUGCUGACUUGUUAUCAGUUUACGCCGUGAUUUCUUCACCCGACGGCGGCCAGAAAUGUCUGCAAUUUAGUCUUGUGCCUUGCAGUACUGAUCAAUUCCUGUUGUUGAAUGAAUGUCUCUUUUGUUUUUGUUUUGUUUUUACCACAUUUUUUUGCUCAUAGAUUACAUAUUUUAGUAUCUGGUUGCACAUGGCCAUUUAUUUAGAUUUUAGAACUAGUUAAAGUUAAUGUUCUAUGGUCAUGAGUUGCUUAUUCAUCCAUGUUGCCAUAUCAAGUCAGGUCUCAUGAAGUAAUUUAAUAUUCCGGCAUUUUAAAGGCCUUAGCGGAGUGAAAGUGACUGACAGGAUGAAAAAUGUUUAGAUAAGAGGUAUGAACAGGAGGAAAUGUUAUCAUAUUUCAUUAUUUGUAAAUAUCACAUUUCUGUCAAAAGAUGUAUGAUGUAUUUAAGCAGAUUACUUUUGUUUAAGGCCUUUUUCAAUUUCACUUAAUAAAGUGAUUAGAUUUUUAAAA